AUGAGCAAGGGCACGAAAAGGGUCAGCUCAGCGGGUGAAAGGAGGACAGUGAAGGCUUUGAACUCAGAAAUAUUUCCUGAAGUUGUUCCCCUUAACAUUGGAGGGGCUCACUUCACCACACGCCUGUCCACCCUGCGGCGCUACGAAGACACCAUGCUGGCGGCCAUGUUCAGCGGGCGUCAUUUCAUCCCCACCGACGCUGAGGGCAGGUACUUCAUUGACCGGGACGGCGCACACUUUGGAGAUGUGCUGAAUUUCCUGCGCUCUGGGGACCUGCCACCCCGGGAACGUGUGCGGGCUGUGUACAAAGAGGCCCAGUACUAUGCCAUCGGGCCCCUCCUGGAGCAGCUAGAGAACAUGCAGCCCCUGAAGGGGGAGAAAGUACGCCAGGCAUUUCUGGGACUCAUGCCCUAUUACAAAGACCAUUUGGAGCGGAUUGUGGAGAUUGCCCGGCUGCGUGCAGUCCAGCGGAAGGCCCGCUUUGCCAAGCUCAAGGUCUGUGUCUUCAAGGAGGAGAUGCCCAUCACCCCCUACGAGUGUCCACUUCUCAACUCUCUGCGCUUUGAACGGAGCGAGAGUGAUGGGCAGCUGUUUGAACACCACUGUGAAGUGGAUGUAUCUUUUGGGCCCUGGGAGGCUGUGGCUGAUGUUUAUGACCUGCUGCACUGCCUGGUCACAGACCUCUCAGCCCAGGGCCUCGUCGUGGACCACCAGUGCAUUGGGGUGUGUGACAAACACCUCAUCAACCACUACUACUGCAAGCGCCCCAUCUAUGAGUUCAAGAUCACAUGGUGCAUUCACAGUGCGUGGUGAUUUAGUCUGUACAUGUAAGACCGGGAGCGGCUCGUAUGUUCAAAUGCAGGUUUGCUCAAAAACAGGCCCUGGAAGACUUGCUUGGGAUGCCCUGUUUCACUAAAGACACCCCUGUUUCUCUGUCCCUCUGUGAUGUCCUCAAGGUGGUGUGUUCUGUGCCAUUGUGGGGGUACAAGGUUCUAAGGCCAGUAGACCAGGAAGAGCAGGGACACUGGUAUCCAGCUUAGAGCUCUUUCUAAAUAGAGUAAAAGAAUUCAACGAUGCAGUUUGGUCAUUCUCUGAUAAGAAGCCAAGGCCAGUCUGAAAAGUGCUUUUGGAUGUGGUUUGUGGUGAUGGCCUCCAGAUAAAGGUUGUCUCUGAGGAAGUGACUUCUCCCAGUUGGAUCCCUUUUUAACUCUAAAUGACCAGGCCCAGAGCGUAAGAAUGGUUGGGUCUGGAAGGAAGAUUCCAAGGAUGAAUGCUUCUCCCUGAUUGAAAGGAAGUAUAUUUUUAUAGAAUUUUUGUGCAUAAUGUCAAUAAAUGCCUCUCACUCUGACAGGGACUAGAUUCCUCCUGCCAUGAGACAGGCCAGUGGUUAUUGAUGGGUCAAAGUGCCUGCCUUUGGAGCUUCCCUUUUGACUUUGGGCACCUUUUCUCCCAGGUGCCGUGCUCACUGGUUGGGAAGGUGGGAUCUUUAGGAGAUAGGACUGUAUGCUACCUUUCGAUGCAAGCCAUAACAAAAUUCAAUAGAAAUGAAAAACUUAAUGGCAACAAAAAAGACAAAACCACAGUGAAACACAUUACAUCAUCCCAGUGGAGGAAUUCUUUGGGCAAUGCUCUAAAUAGAAGAAAUAGAGGAAUUGUCACCAUCCUUAUUCUACCUCUGGUGAGUUCACCAGGCUGUCCCCUGCUUAUCGUCUGGAAAGCAGUCAGUCCUGCUCUGAAAGCUUCUAUUCUUUCUUCCCGGAGCUUAGGAUAUUCUGGGAACUGUCUGAGCCCCAGGCUAAUCAGGUGUUAUAAUCUUCCUGUUCUGGUUGCUUAUUGGAGGACUAUGAAAUUGAUAUUUACAAGCCACAAAGAGGGGUGAGUCUCAGUGUGAUCUGGUCUAAGCUGGAUCCCAAAGAGGUUCAGAUGCACAACAACAGAACAAAAACUACCCACACUGAGCAUUUUGAUCCCAGUUAGAAUUUCAAACAUCAUCCUUCUGCAUACCCCCAUCUAUAUUUGAUUCUCAUGUAAGUGAUUCCACUUUCUUGGGUAACAUUUUGCUGGGGCUCUUUCAUGAAGGUGGUGCCUGCUUUGUGAUUCUUAAAAGAGGGGGGGUUUUAUUCAUCAGAAGAUGCAGUAUUGGGAACUGGGGUGGGAGAAGCACUUUUUGGAAUUCUGAAGAAACAUGUAUGUAUAAUAUGUUAAUUGGGGGUAGGGUGGGUUGGCAGGGGGCUGGAGGAGGUAAGAACAAAGACUAGGUACAAUAACAGGCAGUUGCCUCUGGAGUGUGGGAGGUCACCUGGGUCCAUUGCCUUCCUUCUGUAUGGUGUUGGGUUUGUGUACACAGCAAAACAUUCCUGUGUUCUUUCAUUGUCUGUGAGCGCUGUGGUGCAUGGAGCCUCAGUACCCUCACAUUGGCAUUAAAGUAAACAAUUAGAACGUG